UUACAGUGCCUUUCUUGAUAUCAAACUAAGGACAAUUCUCUAGAAAGGCCCAGUCUUGCUAAUUUGUUAACUCGCUAGAGAAGUACGAGGUAACUGCCACCUGCUUAGCACUGUGGAUACACUUGAACGCUGUUUCGUUUCCUGCUGUGUGUGGUUUCAAUCUUGAAAGAGGUGUUUGACACAGCAGCAGUAUGAAUUCGUACAUGAAUUACUUCAUAACCAUUCGAGAUCGCUUGCACUCGCGUGGUAAGUAUAAUCAUGAGUAUGACAGUGAUAGGCAUAACCUAGUAAAUGCACAACGCUCGCCACUAAUGGAGAGCUCAUCCCAUUGCAACAACGAUUGGAAACCAAAGCUAGUGGCAAAUAGUACAAUACCUCAACUUGCUUCUAAUAAUGCAAGGUCACAAGGGCUUGGUAUAGAUCAGAGAAGCUCGUUUCGUAAGCCAGCAUCGGUUCUUUCCAAAUUCGUUGUUAUACCCAAGUUUUACCCUGAUGGAAGUUCUUCGCUUAUUAAAAGAGGCAAAUUCAAAGGUUUAUAUGACCAACGUCCGUCGAGCUGUCCGUUCAUUCAAGAACAUACUGCAUCAAAAUGUCCAUUCAGGAAGUGCUACUGCAUGCGGAGACCUAUUAUCCCAUCUCCAUUGAGGCAGUGUAGUUCAACACUUGACGACUUUGAAUCCCAUCACACGUUUGAUGGUGAUAUACAGGUCAGUUGGAACUUGAAGGAAAACCGGUUGUUAACUCGAAUGAGACUGAAGCUAGCUGAAUCAAGAAUCAUCGGUAAAGAAGGACACAGGAUACGUCGACGCCUGUUGGACCACGACAGUCAAGGCAAUCCGAAGAAGCCCAGUGAUUCAUUACUUAGCAUAGCAGAGGUGAAAGAACCACCAAUCUAUAACCAGGAGGAUAUCAGAACUUCAUCGACACUUGUCAAAUUCAUUCCACAGUGUGGUUCCUACCCUAUUGCAGCUUAGCGCACGAUAUGGUGUACCUGCCAACUCUUAUGCGAUGGCGUUUGUACGCUCUCAUACUCCGUUGUAGGGCUAUACAGAGUGUUAUGACGAGCUUGGUGAUGAGAAUGUGACUUCAGCGAUGCGAGUUGCACGUCGAUGAAGUUCUCACCUUCUUCGUUCUUGGCCCAGCCAUCACCUCCGACUAUUAUAUCAUCGACACACUCUUCAGCACUAAAUUCACCUGGGCGUCUGUCCCAGGAUAUUUCAAAUGUCUUUUGAUAUAACCUUGUAAUCACUGGAUCCGAUGUAAUCUUUGCACUUCUGUGCAAUUUCGACUCGCUAAACGGUGACACUGCGCUAGCAGCACCAUGUUUAGAGCCUGAAGAGCUU